UUUAAGUUGUGUGUGGCUGACGUUUACUUUGCCCCGUGUGCAGAAUGUAGUUGAUUUGUACGUAUAAUAAUGUUCGCGUUUUCGUAAGGUUAGCAGACGUAGUAGGCGACAAAUUUGUCGUCGGAGAGAAGGUGGAGUUUAUAAAUAUGGAAGGGACGAUUGUUUUAAUUCUUCUGGCGGUGGUGAUGUUGGUGGGAAGCUAUUUUGUUGGAUCUGUACCGUUGGUUAUGCCUAUGUCAGAGGAAAAGUUGCAGUUGGUUUCUAUUCUUGGAGCCGGCUUACUAGUGGGAACUGCUUUAGCUGUAAUCAUUCCAGAAGGAGUUAGAUCAUUGAAUACGGCAGUCACCAUUCACACACUUGCUUCCACAACGAAAAAUGAGGUGGCAGUUGCUCGUGAUGAACAUACGUCAUCAGCAGACAUCCAUACUCUUAUAGGAAUUUCUUUAGUUCUUGGAUUUGUGUUUAUGUUAUUAGUUGACCAGUGCUCCGUUUCCAGAAGUAGAGAUGUUGAAGGUGGCUCAAAGUCAGCAGAUAAGAACAUAACAGCCACAGUUGGUCUUGUGGUCCAUGCUGCAGCUGAUGGAGUUGCGCUCGGAGCGGCAGCAACUACAGACCAAGCUGGAGUCGAGAUGAUUGUGUUCAUUGCCAUCAUGCUCCACAAGGCACCAGCAGCCUUUGGUUUGGUCACAUUUUUACUUCAUGAAGGUUUGGAUCGAAACCGUAUUAGGAGGCACCUGUUAGUGUUUUCAUUAUCAGCUCCUCUCCUUGCACUUCUUACAUUUUUUGGUAUAGGACAGGAAGGCAAAGAAACACUGUCAUCUAUAAAUGCAACUGGAAUUGCAAUGUUAUUUAGUGCAGGCACAUUCCUAUAUGUGGCGACAGUACAUGUCCUGCCAGAGCUCACUUCCAAGAGUGGUCAUUCACAUGGGGGUUCUGUCAUUGAAACAUCUGAGAGGAAGGGAUUACGUACAGUUGAGCUCACAUUCCUGAUUAUUGGUGCAUUGUUGCCCCUGCUUCUAUCAUUGGGACAUCAUCACUGAAAGUGAACAGAUGUGCAAGUUACGGUGUGAUAAAUGGAUCGAGACAGCAUGGUCCAUAACUCAUGUUAGAUUACAAGGGUCUUAUUGCAGACAGUGCUUGAAGUAGGGAAAGUAAGUGGGAUGGUGUGUGAAAUCUCGUAACUUUUUCACUGCUUACGAGAUAUGUUACCAUGUUUUCUUAUUAAUGACUGAGUCUUAAGCAUUGACAGUGGAAGAGUUCAGUUGAAGAAAGAGUAAUGGGAUGUUUUGCAAAAUUUUUGAAUUUGGAAAAAUUAAUAAAGGGCCCGAUUAGGUCAUGAAUAAUUUGUUCUGUCAGUAUGUUUGCCUGUUCUGCCAGUUAAUUUUUAUUCUGGUGCUGGAUCUUCAUGACAUAUAGUGAAUAUGUUGCCUUGAGUAUCCACCCUACUUUCAUAUGUUUUAACUUCCUGCCAUCAAUAAUUCUAAGAUGGUGGUCAUGCCAACUUCCAAGUUGAGCAUACUGGUAGUGUUACUUGACUGACGUUUUGUGUAAGUAAUAGAACUUCACAAAUCACGCAGUUUUGUUUCAGUAAUUAUGUGUAUGAUGUAAAAUGAUAGCAUGAUUGCCAAUUGAAUAAAUGUAUAUUUAACUUAUCGUUCAAUGGUGUCAGAUAUGGAAUUUUGUAAGUAGCAAAUCUUAAAUGUACAUACAAAUUAAAAAUAAGUAAUUUUUACAUGUUAACAAUUACAGAUAUGGCAGUGGGUUGAAAUUUUGAAGUUAUAUCUGACAAGUUUAAUAUAAAUUUUAGUGUAAAUUAUGCUCAAAGAUCGAUUAUUAAUUAUGAGCCAAGCUGCAAGUUCAUAUUGAAACAUUUGAAGGAAAGAAGGCAUUAUAAUUGCCUACCAGAACUUCUUGUUUAACCUUAUUGGCCAUGUACUGCACCAUCAUAGUGGCGCAUGCACGCGGUCCAACUGGUCAAGCAUUGUAGUUUUUCAGUGCUAAUACCGUUUAUCCCAGUCUAAAAUUUAUUUGCUGGGCCUCUAUGGAAUUUAAUAUACCUCAUUCCCAUGCAGUUAGAAUUGAGAUUGGACCAGCAUAUAUAUUUGGUUUAAUUAGUUAUUCUGAAUUUUUAUUAGCCUUUUCUUUACAUUGAACUAACCCCUGCACUGAAGAUAAUAGUCUUAUGUGAUGUGACAC